UUUGUGAGAAAGAUCCAUUCAGAAAUCUGCGAAUCUGAAUCAAUUUAUAAGGCCUUGUUAAUAGCAGUGAACACAAUCAUUCUGUGGGUUGCCUGUCAGUUCGUCAGUUUGCGUUGUCUUCCUAACUUUUUAAAAUGGCAAACGCAUCGAACGAAAAUACGUGUCUGAUUAAAGAUGUUAAACAUGGAUUAAAAAAUAUCAAUUUAGUUUUCAUCGUUCUGGAAAUUGGUCGAGUAUCAAAGACGAAGGUUGGACACGAAAUCCGUUCAUUUAAAGUGGCUGACUUGACCGGAAGUAUUACAUUUUCAGUGUGGGACCAAGUUGGCGGCCUCAUACAAACAGGAGACAUAAUCCGACUCAACAGGGGAUAUACAACUCUCUUCAAAGGCUGUCUUACUCUGUAUAUUGGGAGAACAGGAGAUAUCCAAAAGAUUGGAGAGUUUUGUAUGAUCUUCUCAGAGGUUCCCAAUUUCAGUGAACCUAACCAAGAGGUGCUGGCUAAAAUGAACCUAGUAAACAACACUCAGGUCAAAUCAGAAGCUCAGGGCAGCACACCUAACAUUCAGAAUUAUGGAACAUCUACUGGACCUACAGCAAACAGCUCCCCUUUGUUUUCCUUCCCCAUUGCUUCACAUGAGAACUCCUAUCGUGAAGGUGGGCGACGUUUGGACCGUACGAAUUGGAAUGGUGGCCCUAAACCCACGGGCGCCGUCACUUAUGGACGGGAUCCUCGGCGGGUGCUGAGAAGAUGAGGGCAUGAUAGGUCUCACUUAACUAUAA